AUGGCUUCCGGUGUAAGCUCGAAUGUCGUCCGGUGUAAGCUUGAAUGUCGUCCGGAAGUCUCUGUCUGUGACCAUCGUGUUGGGGUUGUGAUAUUGCCAGAAGGUGCCGUUGAUGUUCAGGAUGCUGUCCAGGGAAAUGUAUGUGUGGAAGGGUCUGAACAUCAUCUUGUGGCUGAGGGGAACUGGUAAGGCGAGGAUGAGGGUAUUGUCUGAAAAAAUGAAACUGGUUCAUUGUUGGUUGAGAAAGGCCGGUUCGGAUAGGUUGAGGUGGAGGUCCUUCACUUCUGCUUUGGCUGUUAACUUGCACUUGCAUUCUGAGGAUGUUGUUGUUGAUCAGCAAGAUUGGGAAAUGGUGGUCGCGAGUGACCUGGAACUGGUCCAUCAGCAUCGCUAAGUGGUUCGUCAUGCUGUUGACAACGUCCCUGAGGAUGAUGGCUCUGGUGAGCUUGAUUGUUUUUUUCUGUGGCUGCCAUGCCCAUGAGGGCACGGCGUGGGGGAGGCCCGAAGGCCCAUACCCCACCACGUUAAUGAGUUCUAUGACCACAGGGAGGAAGCAAAGGGUCAAAACUGCCCCGAACGGCAGGAGUCCCAAAAAAGGGAGACCUGGGACAGGCAAGGCCUGAAGUGCAGGUGAGAUAAGGGAGGGUGGCGGCCGCGUGAGCGGGGGCACCGGGAUCCAAGGCUGGGGUGGGGGUUAUCAGGGGAGGAGGGUGCAGAUGGAGCCGCACCAACCUCCAUGCUAGUUUCCACCGUGGAUGGAAGGCCGACAAGUUCUCGGAUAGAUGGAAGGCUCAGGAAACGGUUGAGUUGACUGAGCAUCCAGUCCCUGGUGGAGGUGCUAGAGCCACCGAGGAUGAGAGUGCGCUCGGAUUGGAGAGCGGGGCACUCAGUGAAGAGGUGAUAAGGCUCCUCAGGACCUACCUUGCACAGACGGCAGGUAGGGUCAUCUGACUCCCCAACCACAUUGGAGUGGCGGAGGAGCCAGCAAUGGCCAGUGAGGAAUUGAACCCACAGACCAAAGUCGACCCUUGAUUUCUGAAGGAGGGCAGCAGACAAUUGUCGGUCUGGUUCAGGGAACCAGUACUUUGUUUGUCUGUAUUCAAUGGACUUGCUCCAGCGAGCAGUCCAUUGUUUCUGAAGCCAUUUCCAAGCAUGGUGACGGUUAGUAGCUGGGUCCAUCCAGGACUCCAGCUCAAGCCGGAAAACCGCAUUUGAGGCAGCAAUUGCGGCAUCCGUAAGAUGAGUAAGUCAUCUUUUGCUGACCGACACCAAAGAACGUGGGCAGUGGGGUUGGCCUGAAGGGAAGAGGCAACAGUGCCAACCAAGCUCACCUUAGUGAUAGUAGCAUCCAAAGGACCUGGAAGUUUAUCCAGAACCAGGCAGAUCUCAGAGUGACCAGCCUGGAGCAGCCUAUUAAUGACGUAAGCCAGGAACAGGAUAGCAGGCUGAGUGGGGUCGUCUCCACCGAAGCCACUCCACGUCUCAGCCGGAGUAGUAAGGAUUUUGCAAGCAAAGGAGGGGCAACCACUCCCCCCUUGAUUGGAGGCCACAAAGUGAACUUGCAGCGAGUCCUUCCAACUGUCAGGGGGUUGCUCAGGGAGCAACUUCUGCCAGUGGUAGGUAUGGCAGCCACGGUCAGGAGGACCGAGUCUGAUUUUGUCGCGAGUAACAAGGUCAUUCCAG